ACAAUGAAAAAAUGAAAAGAAAACUCAAGAAGAAAACUUACCAAACAUAUUGAAUAAUGCUCAUACGGUGAUCAAUCAUGCAGUCAUUAGUCCUCAUACCAAUGACAAAUAAUAAAAGAAAACACAUAUUAAUUUAUUUCAUGCUAGACAUGAUAGACUUUGCAUUAAAAGAAAAAAAAAAGAAAAAAAAAAAAGAGGAAAACAAUGCUACAUGCUAGGAUGUCGUGUAUGCAUAAUAAUUUGGUGCGCCCCACGUUUGUCUAUAUAAUACAUGUAUAUACUACUAACCACCAAUGCCUCUAAUCGUCAUGUAUAUAUCACACAGAAGGAAGAAAUUUAUUAUGAAACAAUUCAUAUAAAGUAAAUAUGGCAAAUUCUUCCUUCUUCACAUUCCUUCUCCUUUUGCUUCUUUACACCAUUGUAGCCUCAGCCAACAAUCCUAAUGAUGAUGAGAUAGUCCCAAGUGACAAUGUGUUCACACUCCAAGUUCCAACAUUAGAUGAUAGCAUUUUGGAUAAUCUUCUUUCUUUUGGUUAUUAUCUUAAAAGUUGUCCUGAAUUUGAAUCCAUCCUACAUAACAAAAUCAAAGUAUGGAUUCAAAAGGAUCACACUUUGGCAGCUAGUCUUCUCAGGUUGCAUUUUCAUGAUUGCGCUGUUAGGGGCUGUGAUGGGUCCAUUCUAUUGGACCAUGAUGGGAGUGAGAGAAGAGCAGAAGCAAGCAAGAAGCUGAGGGGGUUUAAAGUGAUUAAUGAUAUAAAGGAAGAGUUAGAGAGAAGUUGCCCCAACACAGUGUCUUGUGCUGACAUUCUAAGUGCAGCUGCAAGGGAUGCCACUGUUGAAUUGGGUGGACCCUAUUGGGCAGUUCCUUAUGGUAGAAAAGAUGGCAGAAUCUCCAUUGCUAAAGAAGCUCAAAUCAUUCCCAUUGGCCGUGAAAAUAUUACUUCUUUGAUUGAGUUCUUUCAAUCCAAGGGCUUGACUCUCCUUGACUUAGUUGUUCUUUCAGGGUCUCAUACAAUUGGAAGAAGUUCAUGUGGAUCCAUUCAAUAUAGGCUAUACAACUACCAAGGGACUGGAAAACCAGACCCAACAAUAGAUCCAAAGUAUCUGAAUUUCUUGCAAAGAAAGUGUAGGUGGGCCUCAGAGUAUGUGGAUCUUGAUGCCACAACUCCAAACAAAUUUGACAACAAUUACUACAUUAACCUCAGCAAAAGAAUGGGGUUGUUGUACACAGACCAAUUGCUUUAUUCUGAUCCAAGAACUUCACCACUUGUUUCUGCAUUGGCUUCAACACCCUCCAUUUUCCAACAUCAAUUUGCUGUGUCUAUGUCCAAGUUUGGAGUAAUUGAUGUUCUCACUGCUCAGGAUGAAGGAGAAAUCAGGACCAAUUGCAAUUUUGUCAAUGCUUAUUGAUGAAUAUUGAUUAAUUCUCUGUUUUUUUUUUCUUUUAUUUGUACUUUGAUCUUGUUAUUUUCUACUUAAUUUCUUCUUUUGGUGCAUACUCUUACUGUUGAAAUUGUUACAUCAUAUAUUAAUUUUAUUUCAAAUGUGACAAAAAAUAA